UCUGGAUGCCCACACUCCUGCUUUAGCAGUGAACCAUGAAGGUGCUGGGUAGCGCUGGCCUGUUGCUGCCACUGCUGCUCUGGGCUGCAAGCGCUGCAAAGCAUGCCGACAUCGCCCAGCACGCCAUUGAGCUGCAUCGUGGCCGUGGCGUGGCCCUGGCACAUGGCCGGCAGUGGACACUGGGCAAGUGCAGGAAGCUGGCCGGGCUGCUGCGCCAGAAGGCCGUGGCCCUCAGCAAGCUGAGAACGGCCAUGCGGGCCGUGGAGCAGGACACGGGCUUGUCGGCCGAGGAGAAGGUCUUUCAGGUGCACACGUUUGAGGUCUUCCAGAAGGAGCUCAAUGAAAGCGAGAAGUCGGUGUUUCAGGCCAUCCAUGGGCUCCAGAGGGCCCUGCAGGGUGACUACAAGGACGUUGUGAACAUGAAGGAGAGCAGCCGGCUGCGUCUCGAGGCCCUGCGCGAGGCAGCCAUUAAGGAGGAGAUGGAGUACGUGGAGCUUCUGGCUGCGGAGAAGCACCAGGCGGAGGCCUUAAAGCACACGCAGCACCAGAACAAGAGCCUCUCAGUGCUGGACGAGAUUCUGGAGGAUGUGAGGCGGGCGGCAGACCGCCUGGAGGAGGAGAUAGAAGAGCAUGCUUUCGAUGACAACAAGUCUGUCAAAGGGGUGAAUUUUGAGGCAGUUCUGAGGGUGGAGGAAGAAGAGACCAACCCCAAGCAAAAUCUCACCAAGCCGGAAGUGGAGGACGACCUGGGGCUGAGCAUGCUGAUCGACUCCCAGAACAACCAGUACAUCCUGACCAAGCCUCGAGACGCCACCAUCCCGAGGGCAGAUCGCCACUUCAUCAAGGACAUUGUCACCAUUGGCAUGCUCUCUCUGCCCUGUGGCUGGCUCUGCACAGCCAUCGGCCUGCCCACCAUGUUUGGCUACAUCAUUUGCGGUGUGCUUUUGGGGCCUUCUGGACUCAACAGCAUCAAGUCUAUUGUGCAAGUGGAGACUCUGGGAGAGUUUGGCGUCUUCUUUACUCUUUUUCUUGUUGGCUUAGAAUUCUCCCCGGAAAAACUGAGAAAGGUAUGGCGGGUCGCCCUCCAGGGGCCCUGCUACAUGGCGAUGCUCAUGACAGCCUUUGGGCUGCUGUGGGGCCACCUCCUGCACAUCAGGCCGGCCCAGAGCGUCUUUGUCUCCACCUGCCUGUCCCUGUCCAGCACACCCCUGGUGUCCAGGUUCCUUAUGGGCAGUGUCCGGGCCGACAAAGAAGCAGGUGAUGGGGACUACAGUGCAGUGCUGCUGGGCAUGCUGGUGACACAGGAUGUGCAACUGGGGCUCUUCAUCGCCGCCCUGCCCACACUUCUCCAGGUGGGCACCGCCACCAGCUCCAGUGUGCUGCUGGAGGUGCUGCGAAUCCUUGCUCUGAUGGGGCAGAUCUUGCUCUCACUUGCGGCUGUUUUCCUUCUGUGUCUGCUCUUAAAGACCUACCUCGUGGGACCAUAUUACCGGAAACUGCACGGAGAGAGCAAAGGGAAGAAGGAAAUCCUCGUCCUGGGGGUCUCUGCUUUCAUCUUCUCCAUGCUGAUGGUCACAGAGCUCCUGGACGUGUCCAUGGAACUAGGCUGCUUCCUGGCAGGGGCGCUCAUGUCUUCACAGGGCCACAUGGUCACAGAAGAGGUCGUGUCCUACAUUGAGCCCAUCCGUGACUUCCUGGCUAUCAUCUUUUUCGCCUCAAUCGGCCUGCAUGUCUUCCCCACGUUUGUGCUCUACGAACUCAGCAUCCUGGUGGUCCUCACCCUGUUCGUGGUCCUCAUGAAGUUCGCCCUGGCGGCACUGGUCCUGUCCCUGCUCCUGCCGACGACCAGCCAGCACAUCAAGUGGGUGGUGGCAGCCGGGCUGGCGCAGGUGAGCGAGUUCUCCUUUGUGCUGGGGAGCAGAGCCCGCAGAGCCCGCAUCAUCUCCCGAGAGGUGUACCUCUUGAUCUUGAGUGUGACCACACUCAGCCUGCUGCUGGCCCCGGUGCUGUGGAGAGUCGCCCUUUCCAAGUGUGUGCCCCGCCCUGAACGACGGUCCAGCUUGUGAGGCCACGUCUGACGCUGUGGCCUGUGGCACCCUUGGAGACCGACCUCAGGCCUCGAUGCCCCAAAGGGGCCCGGACACUGCCCUGGGGGUCCCACACCCGCUCCCGUGGUUGGGACCUUCAGAUUGCCCAGUGCCCAGCUGCCCUGGCUGGAGUCUCCUCAGGCUGCUCAGACAGACGCCCUGAUCCCCACCUGGUCGUGCCUUUCUCCUGAGCUCGUUGUCCAUUCUCAGCUUUCGUCGACCUUCCUGAGCUCAGAGUUGAUUCUCCCACGUUCCCUCCGAGCCCAGAGUCAAUUCUGACCUUUCGCCCCUCCUGAGAUAUUUGUAGACUCUGUAUCCAUCAAUUCAUGAUCCCUUAGUGAAUCAAACUGUUUGUUUAUUUAUU